GGGUCCUCAGCUAAGCUUAACCACGUGGAUGUAUGUGUGUUUAGGUAGUGAGGUAUUCUUGGGGUGGACCACAGCAUUUAUGACUGUGUACAUUUAAUUUAUUAUCGGUUGCUCUUUUAUUUGGCGUUUGUUAUAAGUUGUCAGUAGUGGGCUUUCUAGUGUACGGUAUAAACAUCUGUUGAUAUGGGAGGCACGGAGCGCCGGAAGUAUGAAAAAGGGGCAGCAACAAACUAUAUAACCAGAAACAAAGCUCGGAAGAAAUUACAGCUCAGUCUUGCUGAUUUCAGGCGGCUGUGUAUCCUCAAAGGGAUUUAUCCUCAUGAACCCAAACACAAGAAGAAGGUCAACAAAGGUUCAACAGCACCAAGGACAUUUUACCUUCUUAAAGAUAUCAGAUUCCUCCUGCACGAACCCAUCAUUAACAAGUUCCGUGAAUACAAGGUGUUUGUCCGUAAAUUGCGAAAGGCAUAUGGGAAGGGUGAAUGGGGUACUGUGGACAGAUUGAAAGAGAACAAACCUGCUUACAAACUUGAUCAUGUUAUUAAGGAAAGGUAUCCUACAUUUAUAGAUGCAGUACGUGACCUGGAUGAUGCUCUCUGCAUGUGCUUCUUGUUUUCCACGUUCCCUCGCACAGGAAAGUGUCAUGUCCAGACAAUUCAGUUGUGUCGCCGUCUCACUGUCGAGUUCAUGAAUUUUGUUAUUGCUUCUCAUGCUUUGCGUAAGGUUUUCCUGUCAAUAAAAGGCAUUUAUUACCAAGCAGAAGUUUUCGGGCAGCCUGUCACGUGGAUAAUGCCAUAUACAUUUGCUCAUGAUCAUCCCACUGAUGUGGAUUAUAGAGUGAUGGCUACAUUUACAGAGUUCUACACGACACUCCUUGGAUUUGUCAACUUUCGACUGUAUCAAUCUCUCAACCUUUUGUACCCACCAAAGUUGGAUGAUUCUUCAGAGGCAGAGCUGAAAGUGGCCAAAGAGGACAGAUAUGCCAUGGAUUCAGAGGUUUAUAUGGAGAAACUGUCUGCCCUUAGUGCCAGUGUAAUUCGUGCAGUGUCUUUCAAUGAAGAGGACAGUGCUGAAGUAGAUGAAUUUCCUGCAGAAGAGGAAAAUGCUGCCCUAGUAGAACAAAAGAAGAAGGAGCAGAAAGACAUUGAAGCACAGAAGAAGCUCUUUGAGGGCCUUAAAUUUUUCUUGAACAGAGAAACUCCACGUGAACCCCUGGCUUUUGUCAUCAGAUGUUUUGGUGGCCAGGUCUCUUGGGACAAGUCUGUCUGUAUUGGAGCUACUUAUGAUGUGAAUGAUGAAAGUAUUACUCACCAAAUUGUGGACAGGCCAACCCUUGAAAAGCAGGUCAUAAACAGGUAUUAUGUUCAGCCUCAGUGGGUGUUUGAUUGUGUAAAUGCCAAAAUACUUCUCCCAGUUGAGGACUACUUCCCUGGUGUUGUGCUCCCACCACAUCUCUCCCCCUUUGUGGAAGAAAAAGAAGGGGACUACAUUCCACCAGAGAAACUUAAAUUACUUGCUAUGCAGAAAGGAGAGUUUACAGGAUUAGAUGAAAAAGACUCUGGCGGAGAAGAUGAUGAAGGUAGCUCUGAAGAAGAUGAUGAUGAUGAUGAUGAUGAUGAUGAUGAUGAUGAUGAAGCAAUGGAUGAAGAUGAUCAGGAAGAAGAAAACAGAUUAAAAGUCAUGGAAAAGCAGAAAGCCCAAGGAAAGAAGCUGAAUGUAAAGGUGUCUGCGGGCUCUGUUAAGAUGGAGGAUAAGGCCAGAGCUGCAGAGAGUGAAAAGAAUGAGGAGAAACGGCUAGCAAUAAUGAUGAUGAAAAAGAAGGAGAAAUAUCUGUAUGACAAAAUUCAGUUUGGGAAGAAGAGGAAAGUUCGAGAGGCAAAUAAAUUGGCAGCUAAAAGGUUAGCCCACGAUGAAGCAGCAAAAACAGCAAAAAAGAAGGCAAAGAAAAUGAAAAAAUGAAACUGAAUUAUGAACGGUCAUCAGAUUGACAGCCCAAGACACAGUCUAGAUAUCAACUGGUUUUGUGACACAGGGAUUGCUUACAGGCUUAUCAGAUUCAUUUACCGUGGAUUAGAUUAUCGCUGGACUUUGCACAGAACUCUCAGAAUUUAACCAUGCCAAGUUCCAAAUGAGCAAGUAAAGCUGCUUUGUUAAUAUUGUUUUAACAAGUUUCUCCCCCUUUCUUGUUCAGAGUGCCUUACUGUAUAAAACUUUGUGCUGUCAACUCAAAUUAUUCACGGUAUGAAAAUGACAGCAUUUCAUCAAACAGUACUUUUCCAUCUUCAAAACCAGCAUUAGUAUGUAAUUUUGUUUGCAUCCCAGUAUGUUUGGUUACCUAAACAUUGGGCCUCAUGAAUCUUACCUGGAAGGGUUAGUGCUGCCCGAUUGAUAACAGGAACAUCAAGCUACAAGUUGUGUGAUUGUAGUUCUUCCUAAGGCAAAAAUGGAUCCUCUCUAUGGAUAGAAGUCGUGGCCAACUUGAAUCUCCAUUGUUGCUGCAUGACCUAAACAAUUUAUGUUUAAAUCAUAAUGUAUAUUAACUAGCUGAUGAGUGGACUUGCUGCACACCUCAGGAAGAUAAAGUCUAUGAAGAACUUUUUUUGUCCUUUGAAUAAUUUGCUAACAGCAUUACUAAUCAUUGUCUUUGGGGAAAAACAUAUAUUUUACAGUAUUGUAUUGACUGAAUUUAGUUAUACUAAAUAUGCUGUGAAAUUAGUUGCAUUAGUAUCUAUGUUUUCAUGUAUUACUGCUUUCAGACUGGGAGGCAUGCAGCAAUGAUGAUGAAAUGUAUUAUAAGGUUGUAAUGAAUAAGACACACAGAUCUGUCUUUAUUGUUAAUACAUGCCUUUGUAAUUUAUGCUGAGAGUAUAAUUUUAUCUUUUUCAUAUCCUAUUGUCUCCUUCCUUCCUUCUAGUCAGAUUUUUAUUAGUACACAAAGAGUGAAGUAGGGAGAAAGUCUGAGUUGUAGUAUUUUCUAAGUUCACUUAUUCCUCCAUCUACAUCGCAACAUAGAAAAUAAAUCCAAAGAAUUUCACUAAUAUUCCCAAGUAGGUAUUUGUUAUCAUGAUUAGUAGGUAUUGUAUCAUAAGUUUUCAGCAUAAAGUGUAAAUGCAGAAGAUGA